CUAUGCCUAACGUUCCGAUUGAGAGAGAUAUGCUUUUCCGUUCCUUGGGGAAAACUUUCACAGACAAGGAAUUUGAUGAGCUUUGUUUUGAGUUUGGAAUUGAGCUUGAUGAAAUCGUAACGGAGACGCGUAUGAAGCGAAAGCAAGAGGGAAGCGAGGAGAAGGAGGUGGUUGUUUACAAAAUCGACGUUCCUGCCAACCGUCAGGAUCUGCUAUGCCUGGAGGGUAUUUCCCGCGCGCUGCGAAUUUUCAUGGGAAUCGAGGAAGUUCCGAAGUAUCACCUCACUCAGCCUAAGCAGGAGCGUAUCAAGAUAUUCGUCGAGAAGGACACGAAGCAAAUUCGUCCCUACAUCGUCGGCGCCGUUCUUCGCAACAUUCACAUGAACCACGACGUCUACAACAACUUCCUGGACUUGCAGGACAAAUUGCAUCUGAACAUCUGUCGUCGUCGCAACCUGGUGGCCAUCGGAACGCACAACCUCGAUUCGGUGAAGCCUCCCUUCUACUACCGCGCGCUCCCUGCCGAGCAGAUCGUGUUCCAGCCGCUGAACCAGACGCGCGACUUCAAUGCCCGCGAACUCAUGGACUUCUACCGCAAUCCCGCGAACGACUGCAAGCACCUGAUGCCGUACACGGACCUGAUCUACGACUCGCCGGUGAUCCCUGUGCUGGUGGACUCGGAAGGAACGGUUUUGUCGCUGCCUCCGCUCAUCAACGGAAAUCACAGCCGGAUGGACUACGAGACGGAGAACAUCUUCAUCGACUGCACGGCGAAGGACGUGACGAAGGCGUCGAUCGUGCUGAACACGCUGAUCGCGAUGUUCUCGGAGUACUGCGACGACCGGUUCUCUGCGGAGAUCGUGGACGUGGUCUACGAGGAGGGCUCCGUCUUCCCCGAGGGCCGCUCGCUGACCUACCCCGACUUCUCCGAGAAGCAUUUGGACUGCUCGGUGGCGGAGUGCUGCUCGACGAUCGGCGCGGCGAUCCCGGUGGACGCGAUGCUGGCGGACCUGCACAAGAUGCAGCUGGACGCGACCGUGCUGGACGCGGACACCAUCCGCGUGAACAUCCCCAUCACGCGCUCCGACGUGAUCCACCCCUGCGACGUGUUCGAGGACGUGGCCAUCGCGUACGGGUACAACAACAUCCAGCGGAAGCAGCCGCCGACGCUGACGACGGGCGCGGAGCAGCCGAUCAACCAGCUAUCGGACAUGAUCCGCGCGCAGAUCGCCAUGGCGGGGUACACGGAGGUGCUGACGCUGUCGCUGUGCAGCCGCGCGGAGAACUACGCGAUGCUGCGGCUGGAGGAGGACGGACUGGCCGUGCGCCUCGCCAACCCCAAGACCGUCGAGUUCGAGGUCUGCAGAACCUCGCUCCUCCCCGGCAUCCUCAAGACCUUCCGCGAGAACAAGCACGUGCCCUACGCCAAGGGGGUCAAGCUCUUCGAGGUCAGCGACGUCGUGCUCAAGGAUCCCGCCAAUUAUGUCGGCGCGCGCAAUGAGCGCAGAGUCUGCGCGGUGUACAUGGGACAGGCCGCGCAGCUGGAGAUUAUCCACGGACUGAUGGACAGACUCAUGCGAUUGCUCGAUGUCGCGCCUGCGCCGCGGUACAGCGGAGUGGCCGAGGAGGUGGCCGAGGGACGGAAGCAGUACUAUAUCCGGGAGGGAGAGUACGGAGCCUUCUUCCCGGGACGCUGCUGCGACAUUGUGAUCAUUGAUGGAGAGAAGGAGGAGGUCGUCGGCCACUUCGGAGUGCUGCAUCCUCAGGUGAUCAAGAAUUUCGAGCUUCGCUACCCGGGCUCGGCUCUGGAAUUGAAUUUGGAGAAGUUCUUGUAA